AUGGCUCAACCAGAGGUGUCAGUUUCCGGCGUGUCUGUAUCGGCGAGAAUUCCUGAAUUUUGGACGGAUUUGCCGCGACACUGGUUCAUACAGGCGGAGGCAGUGCUACACCCGCAGAAGAUGUCUGACGAGGCGAAGUUUCAGUUUGUCAUAUCGAAAUUAGGAAAAGACGUUAUACAACAAGUGACAGACAUAUUAGUCAAACAGCCGGAAAAUGGUAAAUAUGAUACAUUAAAAACAAGAUUACUUGACAUUUAUGAGGAGUCAGAAAAUAGAAAGGUACAAAAAUUGAUAUCUGAAAUGGAGCUUGGCGACCAGAAGCCAUCGCAGUUGCUGAGGAAAAUGCAAGAGCUGGCAAGUGGCAAAGUUACAGAUGAAACCCUUACCAUCCUUUGGCAAAACCAUUUGCCGGGAUGGGUGAGAGGAAUACUCACGGCAUCAGGUUUAAGCGAUAUUAACGCUUUGGCCAGAAUGGCAGACAAGGUGACAGAAAAUGCAAUGCCUAUACAGGGGGUGGCCGCAGUACGGAGUGCAAGGAGUGAUUCUCCAGAUGUCAUAGCGGAGAUCCACAAGCUAGGCGAACGACUAAGAAAAAUUGAAAAUUCCCAGCUUCCUUUGCGAAUAUCUGGAUCAAGCAUGCUUUUGCCCUUUGGCUCCAUGCUAGAUUUCUGUCCUCACUGA